GAAGAUCUCAUUGGUAAAUUGAUGACAUAUGAGAUAGAAGUGCAAGGUGAUGGUGGAGUUGAAAUAGUUGAGAAGAAGAAGAAGAAUGUUGCUUUCAAGGCUAGCAACCAAAAGGAAGAGAGUGAAGAUGAUGCUAGUAAUGAUGAGUCUAGCAAUGAGGAGGACAUCACCAAAUUGAUUUCAAAGGAAGUGAAGAGAUUCAUGAAGAUGAACAUCAAGAGCAAGCUUGCAAAAAGAGAUGAAGGAGAGUCUAUGAAAAAGAGUGUGAAAUGCUAUGAGUGCAACAAGAUGGGGCACUAUAGAAAUGAAUGUCCCAAAUUGAAGAAGAGUGAGAGGAAAGACAAGAAGAGCAUGAAGAAGAAAGCUUUUGUUGCCACUUGGAGUGAUGAUGAAACUAGCUCACCGGAAAGUGAAAGCUCCUUGGAGAAUGGUGUUGCAAAUCUUUGCUUCAUGGCUCAAGAAGAUAGCUACAAUGAUGAGGAGAAACAAGGAAAGGAGAAUAUUGCUCUUACUAAAACCAUUUCAUUGCUUAGGAAUGAAAUUGAAUCUCUCUCAAAACAAAAUGGGGUUUUAGUUAAAGAGAAUGCCUCUUUAAAUGGUGAGAUUGCUCCUUUAAAGAAUGAGGAGUCUAAUAAUGCUUUGAAAAAGGAAAAUGAGGAUUUAAAGAAGGAAAAUGAGGUCUUAAAGAGAAAAGCUUGUGAUUUUGAGAAUGUGAUUUCCAAAUUUACCUUAAGUAAAGAAAAUUUUGAUUCUAUCUUAAAAUCUCAAAGAAGUAUUUAUGACAAAGGAGGCAUUGGAUUUGAUUAUUCUAAAAAGCAAAAGACUUUUAAGACUACUUUUGUAAGAGCAAGUCAAUCUUAUCAUCCUAGUGUUACUUGCUAUUGUUGUGGUGCAAAUGGACACUUUGCUUAUGCUUGUCCUUUAAAAAGAUUAAUAGCUCAAGGAAAAGUUGAUGGCAAAGUCACUAAGGAAAGCAACGUAGAUCUUAAAAGGACUUAUGCUUCAACAAGAAUGUUGGAGUGGAAGUGCAAAGGAAAUUUGUUUUUGAAUGCUCUACUCAUGUGCUCAAAUUGGACAGUAGAGUCGGCUCAAGAAUUUUCACAGCCGGCUCCACCAAAAACUCGAGAGUCUUCUCUCUCUAGAGUUAAGCCGGCUCCAAGACUAGAGCCGGCUCUCUUGCAGCUCUUUGAAUAUUCGGGCUUCUCUCUUUAGAAUUAAGUCGGCUCUAGGACUAGAGUCGGCUCUCCUACAAUUUAUGACUUUUGGUAUUGAUUGUCUAUGAUUUUGAUGAUUAUAUGCUCUUAUUGAGGGGGAGUUUAUUGGUUGAUGACUUUAUUCAUGACUUUGGUUGUCUAUGGUGCUAUAUUGAUGAUGAUUGAUGAUUGAUGAUUAUAUUCAUUAUAUAUUCUUGAUGCUUUAAAGGUUGAUAGCAUGAAUUAAGGGGGAGCAUUUUG